AUGGACAACGCAGGACGCCGGAACGCACCUCCAAAACAGGAGAUUAUUGCUUUCGUGUUCGAUAGAGUAUGCUAUGAAUUGGAGAGACUUGCUGAAUGGGGUGAACGUCCACUUUCCGAUUUGUGCAACUGCGGCGAGGAUCAUAUCCAUAGUUGCGAUGAUGAGAAGAAGCGAGUUGUACUGCUCGGAUUGCAGCUGUUAGCAUUGGUCAUGACGAAUCAUUUGGGUCUUGAUUGCUAUCUACUAGACGUUUUUCCAGAUGAACAGGUUAUCAUUACCAUGCACAACGAUGAUGAAGAGGAUGAUAUCGUGGACUUAUGUACAGCAGCCAAUAAUGUUAAGAUUGAUGUGAAGCGUUUGGUGAAAGCGUGCCGUGAACUUAAGAUUCCUCUGCUCCAUCUUGCAGUCAAAGAAAACGAUUUUGUCGAGUUCGAAGGCAUACCUUCACAUUUCGUCGUGGAUCGCUUGUUAGCAGCUGGUAUGUGCGUGAAUUCGAAGGACGCCGAUGGCGAUACUGCGUUGCAUGUCUCAUGGUGA